AUGUCUUCUAGUAAGGUCGGCCGGAUUGGUCACAUCUUAACUUUCCAAAAAAUUGUUUGGGGAAAGCAGUACCUUAGCUUCAUUCGAAGAACCGCCGACGACGAUAAUGCCUUAACCCUUGGGACACAAGAUUUACUACUUAGGAAACCGUUCAAAGAUCGUUUUGGGCCUGAGAAUGCGCCUUCCCCAGCUUCACUUGAAGGAGAAUGA